UGUAACAGUAAAGAACCUGACUGCUAAACGCUGGGUACGAUGUUUUUUGCAGUGUGCGGAGUGGCACCGCUCCGCCGGCCAAGCUGAAGAUCUAAAGGCGCCCUCCCCUUUUCUCCUUUUAUUUUUUGACACACGCCAUAGAUCUGUGCUAAUAGCCUAUCGCAGUUUGAGGUACACACUCAACAGUCACACAUACUCAUAUACACGCGCGCGCGCGCGCACACACACACACACACACACACACACAGAGUCGCUGAACCAAAAAUAAGCACACUCCUCAACUCGACCGGUGGGGGGGGGCAUACCAGAUGAGAUUUGUUUCCAAACGCGCACCGAUGGCGGUGUGAGGCGUUUGGCUGAGAAGUACGCACGGCGCGGUGGGAUUGUGGAGCUUUUUUUUUUUCUUUUGUUCAUCUUCUCUCUGUCUGGAUCCUGGUCGAGGGGAAAUAAACAAAGCCAUGGAUUACUCAAUCUGCCUACUUUUACUCCUGUCAACCGUUUCGUCUGUGUCCACCGGACAAUUCCCAUCAGCGCAGAUGGUAAAGGAAUGGGUGGACCAGAUGCAAAAAGAGUUGGUCACAUUAACAGAUACGGCCAGUGGCCUGCAGGACCUCAUACAGAUAUAUAAAACACACAAAGCUCACUUCAGCGUGGAGUUCAACAAUGCAACGGCACUGGUGGGGGCGGCUGCGGGGAACAUAGAGAAACUUCUGGCUAACCGCUCCCAAGCCCUAAAGAGGCUGGCAACAGAGGCAGAGCGGUUUCAGAUGGAGCACUCGUGGAGGGACGACAGUGAGGCCGACAAAAUAGUUUACUACAAUGCCAAAGAUGAUCUUAAUCAGACGGAGAAGAAGAACCGAUAUGUUCCAGAUGACUUCCACGUAGACCCCGACUUCAAACGACUUGUCUCGUACAACACCACCGCUGUCCACAUCCCUACGGAUAUAUAUGAAGGAUCUACCAUAAUUUUGAACGAGCUAAAUUGGACAGAAGCCUUGGAGGAUGUUUUCCGGAAAAACAAAGAGGAAGAUCCCUCACUCCUCUGGCAGGUGUUUGGUUCUGCCACCGGACUGGCACGAUACUACCCAGCAUCCCCUUGGAUGGACUUGAGCAAUUCAGCCAAUAAGAUUGACCUCUACGAUGUGCGCAGGCGCCCGUGGUACAUUCAAGGGGCAGCGUCACCCAAGGACAUGCUGAUCCUGGUGGAUGCGAGUGGCAGCGUUUCAGGUCUCACCCUCAAACUCAUCCGAACAUCCGUUAACAAGAUGCUUGAGACCCUAUCUGACGAUGACUACGUGAACGUCGUCUCCUUCAAUGAAAAGGCCACACAUGCAGCCUGCUUUAAGAACCUGGUGCAGGCCAACGUCCGCAACAAGAAGAUUCUGAAAGAAGCCGUAGAGAACAUCCUUGCUAAGGGUAUCACCAACUACAAAGGCGGCUUCGAGCUGGCCUUCGAGCAGCUCGCACAGAUGAAUGUGUCAAGGGCUAACUGUAACAAGAUUAUCAUGCUCUUCACUGACGGAGGAGAGGAAAGGGCAGAGGAGAUCUUUGAAAAAUAUAACCCAAAGCAAGCGGUGCGCAUCUUCACAUUUUCAGUAGGUCAACACAACUACGACAAGGAACCAAUACAGUGGAUGGCCUGUGCUAAUAAGGGCUAUUACUAUGAGAUCCCAUCUAUAGGUGCCAUUAGACUCAACACUCAGGAGUACCUGGAUGUUUUGGGCAGGCCUAUGGUUAAGGCUGACAAAAAGGCCAAGCAGGUUCAGUGGACCAACGUCUAUUUGGAUGCACUGGAGCUUGGCCUGGUGAUCACUGGAACUCUGCCCGUCUUCAACAAGACCAACACAGGCUCAAAGAAAUCGCAAAACCAGCUCAUCUUGGGGGUUAUGGCUAUUGAUGUUUCCCUGGAAGAUAUCAAGAGACUCACACCUCGGUUUACUUUUGGACCAAAUGGUUACUACUUUGCCAUUGACCCCAACGGUUAUGUGCUGCUUCACCCUAACCUCCAGCCUCUGACUGCCAAGUUUCAUGAACCUGUAACGCUGGACUUCCUGGAUGCAGAGAUAGAGAAUGAGAUCAAAGUGGAGAUGCGAAAAAAAAUGAUCGACGCAGGAAAAGGAAAUUACACAAUAAAUACACUGGUGAAAUCCCAAGAUGAGCGCUACAUUGACCAAGGUCAGAGGGUGUACACGUAUGCACCAGUAAAGGGGACAGAUUACAGCCUGGCCCUGGUCCUUCCUCAGUACAGUAUGCACUACAUCCGGGCCACAAUCGGUGACACAAUCACCCAGGCAAAAUUUUCUGAAAGCCUGCUCGCAGACAAGUUUGAUGAAUAUGGCUAUACAUUUAUCGCACCGAGGGUGUACUGUAAGGACUUGAAGCCACCUGACAAGAAUAAGAACAACACUGAGUUCCUCAUGGAGUUCAACAAUUACAUUGACACAAAGACUCCAAACAACCCCAUGUGUAAUGUGGAGCUGGUGAACCGGUUGCUCCUAGAUGCUGGCAUCACCUCGGAUCUAAUUAAGCUUUGGAAACAAAACGAGUUGCAGUUUGGUGUCAUGGCUAGAUUUGUUGCCACUGAUGGGGGAAUCACACGGGUCUACCCCAAGAGUGCUGGACUGUACUGGAAAGAAGAAGCAGAGACGUAUGAGUCAAGUUUCUAUAAGAGAAGUUUAGACAAUGAUCUGUACAUCUUCACCCCAACACCCUACCCCAAAAAAGAGAACACAAGUGAUGACUCAGUCCUAGUGAGCAGAGCAGUAAACCUCAAUAUUGAUGGUAUCAUACUUAAACCAGCUGUGGUCGGCGUGUUGUUGGACAAAAGUGACUGGAUGGCGAGAUUCAUCAACACCACACAGAGGGUGAAUUGCAAUGAUGAAAUCUGUGGCUGUCAGAGAGAAGAUGAGUACGUAGACUGUGUCAUUCUGGAUGACGGGGGCUUCCUAAUGAUGUCCAAUCGAGAUAAAUAUAACGAUCAGAUCGGACGCUUCUUUGGUCUUAUCGACCCUGCCCUCAUGAGAAGCCUGAACGACUCCCUGUUCACCUUUAAGCAGACCUUCGACUACCAGUCGCUCUGCGACCCCAAGAGAGAGAGCAAGGCGGCUGCAGGCCUGCGAUCCGUCUAUGUGCCCACAAUAGCAGAUAUUUUGAAUUUAGGAUGGUGGGCGACAGCUGCAGCCUGGUCAAUACUGCAACAGAUACUGGUCAGCAUCACAUUCCCCAAUUUCCUGGAUGCAGCUGAAAUGGAUGAUGAAGUGUCAGAUGCCAUGUCUAAAGAGGUCUGCAUCACCAAGCAAACUCAAUAUUACUUUAUGAACAGCAACGUGUCUUUCAGAGGCACAGUCGACUGCGAAAACUGCUCCAGGCUCUACCACGCUGAAAAGCUGCCUAAGACAAACCUGGUCUUUAUCAUUGCUGAUGCAAGAGACACCUGCUCGUACUGUGACGCCACUCCGAUGAAACAGGAAGAAGAGCCGUCUGAAGGUCCUGACCCCUGUGAACUGGCUGACAGUCCUCGGUACAGGAAAGGACCUGCAGUCUGCUUUGAUAACAAUGAACAUGAGGAGGACCCUGACUGUGGUGGGGCAUCCGGCCUGACUCCCUCGCUUUGGCUAAUGGUGGGUCUUCAGCUGGUGCUGCUCUGGGUUCUGACUGGCUCCAGAAACCACGCCGUCCCAUCAUGACCCCUGAACCAACCUGAUCACACCCUCUAUUGCCCUCCCUCUGUAUCUCCAACAUGGCAACCAGCAUGCAACGCUGCCACCGAAAUGAUGAACGCCAGAUGAGAAGCGCUUAUAACGAAUAAGCAAAAAAUCCGUGAGCAACACAUUCUGCCAGUUUCUUUUUUUGAUACCUUCAUUUUCAGGGGUUUCUCAAAGUGAUUUCGCCAGGUGCAAGGGUACAAGUGACGAAAGAAACGUGUAUCAGAAGAUAUCUGAACAAUAAGAAAGACCUCGACCUACAGUUAUCCUUCAUCCCUUCAAAGGUCCCCGCCGGCUGAGAUUAGAAGAAUACAGAGAUUAAUUUUGAUUGGCGACUUCUGAACUUUCUCUGGCUUGAUGUCGCUGAUGAGGGAGCUUGGACUGCCUUAUAGUAUCAGAGGGAUUGAAAUCACAAUGGGAGGGACUUGCUGUUUGUUGAACAUGUUGAGCAGUUAUACUCACCACUGCCAGAAACAGUGCUGCCCUUUGCAAGCGUACAAUUUAUUUUGAAUCGAUUUGCAGUGGCUAGUUAUUAGGUAUUUAUUGUUUUGUGGUUGAGAAUUUGGCAAAGAUUGCAGUAAGAGAUGCCAAAUUGUAACAUCACAUGCUUUUGUCCUUCAUUUGCCUCAGUUGGGUUGCGUAUAAUAUAAUGUCGUCUCGGUCAGAUUUUUAAAUAGCACUACCCAGAACAUUUUCACAAUGUCUUUUAAGGACAUUGCCUUCGCUUUCGCCUGGUGUUCUUUCAUAUAUAUACUGUAUUUGCAGUGUGGAAAUCAUAUUCAUUGUUAUGUUAAUGCACAGAAACCAACCCAUCAGCUGCCACAGAGCGCCCGCUUCUGAGUGUAUGGAUUUUAACUUUGUAGCUGAAACAUCAGGAGUGGUAAAUGUAUCUGGAUUUCCCGCCUUGUUGUUGGAUUGCUCCAGUGCAAACUUUGUUGCCAUAGCACGCAUUAACCAAUCAGGACGAGCCUGGCUGGUGUCCUGUGUGUGCUCAGUGGACAAAAUCUCUAGUGCCAUGUGGACUGUGUGAUUCAGAUGAACCCUUUAGCUUUGUAGACUGUGGCUACUGAAUGGAGAGAAGCGUAGUAAUUAUUUAUUUUAUUAUUUAUUGGUUAUUUGAAUGAAGAAUCAGGACAGCAUGCUACUGUUUGUUUUAUUGCCACUACUAAAGAAAAUGAAUGAGGGGGACGUGAGAGUUUGUACUUAACAUUUUGUUCAAAGAAGGAAAGAAGUGCGUUUGUAUUCACUGCUGUCACUUUUUAAAUUAAAUGACUACUAUCUGCACUUCAAUUCAAAGUGCAGCUGUUUUUUGUCUUUACAGGUUGAUCUUCUAGCUGGAGAACAGCCUCUAUUCCUGUGUAGUAGUGAGAGUCCCUCUUGCAGUUUAUUAUUCUGUGGCAUGAGAUCACCAAGUGGAAAUCACUAUAUAGCGGCAGGCAGUUCAUGCUUAUGAUCCUCUCUUUUGCUCUAUUUAAUUUCCCCCAAUAUAAGUUCAUCUUGGUUCAUUUUGUGUGUCUGUCUUCAGGUUCAUAUAUAGAACAUGCUGUACUUAACUUAAGCAAGAAAGUCUGCAGAUGACUUACUGUAGAUGGUUUUAGUGAAAUAGUGUCAUGUUGUUUGCAAGAGGGCAGGACAGUUAAAUAAAGAAAUUAAAAAAUGCACUAAUCAGCCAAACAACUGCUACAGAGCAAAAUAAAUUUACCAAAAUAAUAAAUGAUAACCUAUUGCACAGGACCAAAACUGGACUCUCAAAUCAGUUAAGUAGCAAACGAAAUAAACCAUUUUACUCAUUUCAGACUGAAAAUAUAAAUCCAUCCUGAACAUGCAGAAAAUGACUUGCUGUAUUUUUGAGGUUAAUUAAUGUACUCACAUGAAAUUGAGAAUCAAAAGAAGAUAAUGUAAUUAGAUGGGAAAUAAUAUGUCGGGCAGAAAACUGGGUUGUGAUUAUUUACAAAACAAGCUUAAAAUCUUUGAUAUAAAAAAGUAAUUUUUACUUAAACCAUCUGCGCUUGUUUGGCGCUGCUGUCAACAAGUAAUCAUACAGUUUGAUCGUGAUUUAGGUGUCUGUUGGUUCAAGGAAAGGAUUGACAGUCACAGGUUUUAAUUAUUCAUAUGUACAGUGGCAAAACAAACUAAGUGAACCUUUGGAAUUACCUGCAUUCAUGUAUAAAUUUGUCUUGGAAUAUAUGAGAUCUUCAAUUAUUAACAAACAUAAUCUAUUUUAACUAAUAUCACACAAAUUAUUGUCUUGUUCUUGUCAGAUAUUCACAGUGUAGGUUGGAAAAACUUUUUGAACCUCUCGGCUAAUGGCAUUAACAAAAGCUUACUGGAGUUAAGAGUUAUCAAACCUGGAUAACGUGCUGAAAUGAACCAUGCCUCACAAAACAGAUCUCAGAAGACUUUCAUUUGCAUAAAUUUGAAAGGGUUACAAAGUAAUCUCAGAGAGUUGAAAUAUUCAUCAGUCCACAGUCAGGCAAGCUGUUUAUAAAUGGAGACGAUUUAGUUUUGUGGCUCCUCUUCCUAGAAGUGGGUGUCCAGCUAAUAUGACUCCAAAGACACAACGCAGAAUGAUCAGUAACAUAACAAAGAUCCUUCAAGUAGCAGCUAAAGGCUUAAAGUAAUCAUGGGGAGCUGGUUAACAUCUUUGUUCAUGAGUCUGCCAUAAACAAAUCAUGGUGUGCGGAGCGCUUCAUCCAUGGUAGGAGACCACAGAGGAAACCGCUGCUCUCCAAAGAAAUGUCACUGCCCCCGGAGUUUGCCAAAGAGCAGCUUGACUCAGGACCGCUUGACAUCAACAACCGUCAUUGAGUGGAAAAUUAAUGAAAAAUGAAUGACCCGAAGAGAGCCACUCACACCAGACAUAAGAAUAAGAAUAUGUCUUAGCUGAAGCAGCUCUGUAGGAAGAAUGGUCCAAAAUUCCUCCUGAACAUUGUGCAGGUCUGAUCUGCAGCUACUGGAAGAGUUUGUUUGAGGUCAUUGCUGCCAAAGCAGGUUCGACCAGUUAUUAAAUCCAAGGGUUCACUUCCUUUCCCCCCAGCACUGUGCUUGUUGAAUGGGAGUGUGCAACAAAGACAUAAAAGAUUAGAAUUGUUUGUGUUUUUAGCUUAGGGACACUGUGUUUGUCUACAUUUGUGGCUUAGAUGAAGAUCAGAACAUAUUUUAUAACCAGUUAAUGCAGAAAACCAGGUAAUUCUAAAGGGUUCACACACUUUUUCUUGCCACUGUGGGUUCUGUGUGAUGCUUCAUUAGUUCACUGCCAGAGCAGUAAACCGUUCUGUUACGACUGUUAAGUGAUAUCAGAUAGUUUAAGGACGCCACUGUUCAUCUGUUUGGCAUUCACAAUUCAACAGAAGUAGUAAUUUGGUGGUUUUGGGGGACAGUUAAUUCAGAACACCACUUAAACCAGGGAGUGCAUCUUUUGUAAGUGUAUAUUCGAAUAAACACUGACACAUGUUCGCAGGAAACUAUUUAUUCUGUGGAAACGUAAAAACCAUAUAAUUACUGACAUUUGUCUGUGACCCUCUUCAUAGUUCUUUUACCUCGGUAAUUGCUGUUACAUCACACUGAACAAUGCCACUUUUUUAAUUGUAUGCAUAUCUACAAGACAGAUCAAGGAAUGCUAGCCCAGUCUUAUUUUGUGGCGAAGCUCCACCACCAUCAUUAAACCACCACCAUCAUCAUCAGUAACUUUCCCUGUGGUCUGAUGUGUACUUUUUACUCUCAACGUUCUCCUCCAUCUUUAACUAUAACCUUCCAACUGAAACAAUGUGGUGAAGCUAACAAUGGUAUUUAUGCUCCUUUUACAUUUACUAACACUCAAGAAGAUCAAGUGCCAUAUAGGACUCUCUUAUUCUCUUGUGGAGAAACCUAUUAUCCUAAUAUAACAUUUAUGCAACGUUACGAAGGCAAGAUGCAAGUCUCAUAAAUUGUUUCCCUGUGCUGCAUGGUAGUGGCUGAUAAUUUGUUUUAAAAAAAAAAAAAAAGAAAGAAAGAAAAAACAACAUAUUCCUGCUUUAGUGUGUAAUGUUGGGAAGCAUAAUAUCCUGUGUGUCAGGUAUUUAUUCAUGAUAUGGUAAGGUAUGAUCAGCUGUUACUGCCUUUCUCUUGGGGAGACAGCAUUUGGCUCCACUCUGGUCUGAUUCAACCGGGGAAAGGGAAUCUGCUUGGCCAGUGUGAGGUUUGAAUGCACUAUUCUCAUCUGUCUGAAUGGUUCAAGCCAUGUAUGAUUCACUGUAUGGAGCAUUCCAGUGAUUUAGCAAGUUUUAUCCCACUAACUACAAAUCAUGAAUACUUUCCUGCUGAUUUUUUAUGUAGAAGUAUAUACCUGCUAAUAUCAGCACUGUCAUUGUGAGCAUGUUACAUGCUAAUGUUAGCAUUUAGCUCAAAGCUCUUGGAGUGUGACUGAAGACUCUUAAUCUUGAUCCUAACUUGAAGGCAGACAUUAGUUUCCAUUCAUUUGUGUACAGUAUGGUAAUCAAAUAGCAGACUGUUGAAAGUUAUUUGAUUAUAAAACAUCACAGUGAACCUGAAAUCUGAAUAAAUUUUGUCAUAACUGAUGUUUGUCAAGUUUAUUAUUGUUGAGAGGUGAUGUAGUUCAGAAUAAUCAAAUCAAUCUGUAUUCAAAGAUGUCCGAGUGCUAUUUGAUUCUUCAUAUUUUUGUGUUUCCAGUAAAGACUGGAAGCUAGGGAGAGACUUGCCGCAGAUAUUGAUUGGUGUUUACAUUACUUAUAGUACUGAGUGUGUGUUACGCCCCCAGUAGCUGCCAUGACGACAUCCUGCUCUCUUGUUGAGGACUUCUCGCCACCACUUUGAGUUUACUGAUGAAUCGGACAGGGAUGAAACGGAGAAAGAAGAGAACCAUGAUGAGGUCAUUUUUCGAGCGAGGCCAUAUAUGUUCAAGUUCAAUGGGACAUAAAAAUUUAAAUAAAAUAAAAAAAUUUAAAUUUUUCUUCCAAAUUAGUAAAUGGCCCAUAGUGCAGGAUUUGCCAUCAAACCUUUAAAACUUUUACAGGAAGAGAAAAUACAGGGAUUUUGAUGUAAACAUUUUGGCGUAUAUUUGGCAAAUAACAAGAGUUAAAUGAACAAUUAACACCUUUAAAUAGGGCCUUUAAACUUCAUUAAAGGCUCCAUGAAAUGAAUACCAGCCAAUCAAUAUCCACAAAAAGUCCCUCUCUAGCAUUGUGUUUUUACCAGAAACAAGUAAAUAUGUGGAAACAAAUAGAACUCGCAUCUGUCGAUUAAUGCAGAUCUGAUGUUCACUGUGGUUCAUCACACAAUUCAAGCAAAUUAGAAGUCUUCUGAUUGGAUUUUAUACUAUAUGGAAAUGAGUGGAGGCUGGUGACUGCCUGAAACAGACAAAAAAAAAAGAGAAAACUUGUAACUAGUAGCAGUAGACUACAAAGUAUAAAUGAACUGUAGUUAUUAAUCUAAAAGCUACAACUAGCUAAGACUCUGGUCUGGUCAUUUUGUGCAGAGUAAUGAUAUGAAAUGAGUGAAAAUACACACCACCUAAAAUGCUCCAACUUGACCCUUUGACACUGGAGAAUGAACAUGAGCUUCGUAGUUGUCCACAUGUUCCAUUCUACUCUUUAAGUGCUAAAAUCAGAUGCUGUCACCUCAGGAAUAAUAUACUCACAAUGUGAUAUGAAGUGUUUUUGAUUCUGUUGGUGCUCUCUGUAUGGGCCGUGUGGGUUGGCCUUUUCAUUUCUGGAAUCUUGAGGAUUGCUUAAUGUGUGUUUUUUGUGUCUGUUACCUUGCUGCCACUCUGGCAGACGAUUGGCGGACCUGUCAGUCAGUCUUUCCCUGCCUUUGGUUUGAAGGCAGGCGCUUGAUAGAGGCGUCCACCAAGUCAUCCCUCACCCGCUUUGGGAGUGUCUUGGUGGGCCUUUCUGUCAGUCUCCCUCGAUUGUGCUUUAAUAUGUUACACUUUAGUGGAACUUGAUUCUCCAGAAUCAGUCAUGUAAAAAAUUUGUACAAAAGUGAUGUUGUUCUCAACAAAACAAAAAAAAGAGCAAUGUUUAUAAUCCUGGGGAGGACAAAUGUGUAUGUGCAAAUAAGGUAUAUUCAGAAUAAAAGUUUAUGAUUAUUA